AACACAUUGUUUCCCAACCCGAAAUCUAUCCUCUCCCUAAUUGAUCCAAGCAUGAUCCACCAUGUUUGGUUCGAUAUCGUUUGUUAAAUUCAGGACCGAAUCAGGGUUGGAGAGUAGGAAGAAUAAAGGAAAUUUGAAAACCAAAAGUCAUUUAGAAAUGUAAUUUUAUUGUUUCUAAAUUUUUUUUCUUCCUCAUUUUCUUCUAUAUCUUAAGAAAAUCUAGGGAUAGCAAUGGGUCAGGUCGGGAACGGGUAGUGUAUAUCCUUUAUCUUAUCCAAAGUAGUUCGGAUUUUACCCAUAUCCAUACCCACAUGAGAAACAGGUAAAAAAUCCAAACCGUCCCCAUACCCGUUCGGGUUUCGGGUAUCCACGGUUAUCCAUGGUAAUAGUUUCUCUUUAUAACUCCAACCAAUAUGUUAAUAUUCACACGUAUUCUCACGUUAAGUAAGACGAAAAGUACGACAAUAAUUCAUUAUAAUGAAGAAAAUUAAUUAAAACAACACAAUUUUAUAGAAAUAUUAUAUUUAUAUGCUAAAUAUAAAAUAUGUUAGAGAAAAAAUUGAUUAUUUAUAGACAAAAUACAUAUGCAUGUGAAUAAUCGGGCGGGUUCGGCUUGGAUAGUGAGAAAACCAUGCCCACCGAAUUCUCGCAAUGUUCGGAUUCGGGUUUUACCCGUACCCACUAAAAAAUUUUCGGGUUCGGAUUUUACCCUACCCGAUCAGGUCAAAUUCGGGCGGAUAUCCACGGUUACAUAUAUUUUUGCCGUAAGGAAAUCUACAAGAUUGAAUUAUUUUCCUCCAAUUCGAUUCACCAAAUAUUAACUCACUCCGCUUUGGUUUUGUUAGUAGGGGUGGCUAUACGGUCCGGUCCGGUUAAAUUGGACCAAAUUGAUCCGGUCCCAGUCCGGUCUUUUCGGGAAUAUAAGGACCAAAGAUUGGAUUGGAUACAGUCCGAUCUUGACCCGAUCCGGUCCCAAUUUGAUCUUGAUUUUAUAUUGAGCUUGUGGGGAUUUGAGUGUUGGGGUCUCUUAUCCGGUCUUUAUAUGAGUUUUUUUACCUCAAAUCUAAGCCCGAAUAUGAGUUUGGAUUGUAUGCUAUCCGAUCCUAUUCCGUUUCCGGUCCGGGUUAUACGGUCCAGUUUUGGGUAAAACCAAAUAGUCCGGACCAAAUAGCCAGCCCUAUUUGUUAGGAUCCGAUUACUGGCCACACGCCACGUGCCACAUGGCGACACCAUGUUGAAAUCCGGGUUUGAAUCUCUGUCAGGCGGGUUAUCGGCACGUGAUCCGGGUUAUCCUCCAGAAUCAGAUGCGCACUUUUCCUCUUUUUUUAAACCAGAAAUGCUCUGAUGGUUCCCUUUGCGUUGCGUGAAAGAUUUGUGCAUUCUUAAAUCCAUCCCCCAAUCUCCCCCGACCAGACGAUUGUUUCCUCUCCAUUUCUGCCAAUUUGCAAUCGCUAAACAGUUAAUCGUUCUUAAUUCUUGUUGUUCAUCCGCAAAAUUUCCAUCGAUUCUUCUGCUUUCCAGGUAGCCAGCUGGUUGUUGCUGCUCCUUCCGCCCUUGUCCUCCCCGCAGAUCAAAUCACAUCCGCUACUUCAGGCCUUUGGCAUCGGCAUCGUCUUCUUCUGCUGCUGCUGCUGCUGCCUCCUUCGGUGUUUACUGUUUCCGCAGCACGCAGCGAUCGGGCGACUUGCCACUUGUGAUUGGGUGCAAGUUGUAAUAGAAGCUUUGACGGUGAGUGGGUUUUCGUCUAUUGGGCUCUUCCUUCCUCUUUAAGAUCCAGAACUUUGGGGGGUCAUUGGAAUUUGCUUUAACCCAUUACCUCGAGGUGUUUAAUUUCAUUUCCUGGUAAUUCUGCGUUCAUAGGUGACAUUUUGUCAUUCAAUUCUAUAUGGGUUUGCUUGGUUUCAAUGGUUUCCCAUGCUUGCUGAAUGUUGAUGGAUGAUGAUGAGGAUAGUGCAUUGUCGGAAAUUUGCUGGUGGGUGGUACUAAGAAUGAGCUGAAUUGACUUUGAAUUAUUUCUGUGCUUUAGCUUCAUGACAUCGUUAUCUUAAUUGUACAUUGCUCAAAUGUUCCCAUUAUCUGGGUAUUUGACUUGAUUCCCUUUUAUGUUCUCUGUGGAACUAUUCAUCCGGUUUGUAGAAAUUGUAUUGGAUGAUGAAUUGUUUCUUAGACAUGUUAUUAUCACAAACUGAACUUGAGCCCCUCUCAUAUACGUUGUUGUUUUUGAAGGUUCAUCUAGUGAAGAUUUGUUUUUGGAGAGCCAUUGAGUUCUCUAUAUGCCCUGAACCCCUACCACUUUCAUGAUUUUCAAUCUUUUGCAUUCUGCGCUCUUUCUAUUAAUAUUCUUUAAAAUCUCGGCUUCACAUGUAGAUCAAUGUAUUUUAAGUUCAUUAAAUGUUUAUGUAGGUUAAAUUGGCUCAUGGCAAAGAGUGGUAGAUCCCAACGUAGGGCUUCUUUCAGACAGUACAGGAUGGCUCCAUACCAGUUGUCGACUUGUGAUAGUCACAUUGGAGAUGAAUGCUGCCCAAACAAUAAGGGCUCCAAAGGAUUGUUCGAUAAGAAAGACUGGGAAGACGUGACUUGUUCUGUUUGUAUUGAGUUCCCACACAAUGCAGUUCUGCUGCUGUGCUCCUCUCACGACAAGGGUUGCCGUCCCUAUAUGUGUGGGACUAGCUUCCGUUACUCCAAUUGUCUGGACCAAUACAAGAAAGCAUACACGAAUGGUGAGGCCGAGAAGUGUGAGAUCUCGGAGCUUGCCUGCCCUCUUUGUAGGGGGAAAGUGAAAGGGUGGACUGUGGUGGAGCCUGCCCGUGAAUAUCUGAAUUCCAAGGAGAGAAGCUGUAUGCAGGAUGAUUGUUCUUUUGUUGGAACUUACAAGGAGUUGAGGAAGCACAUGAAGGGGGUUCACCCUUCUGCAACACCACGUGGAGUAGAUCCACAGCUGGAACAGAAGUGGCGAAGGCUGGAGAGGGAACGUGAGCACGAUGAUGUCAUCAGCACAAUAAGAUCUACGAUGCCCGGGUCAUUGGUUUUUGGGGAUUACGUGAUUGAGAGAAACCAUGGUGGUGAUUCAGAUGAUGAUGAAGAUGUGGGGUUUGAGAUUCAGGCUGCAAACAGGAGCAGAGGAGAAGGAUUUAUGGGUUUUGAUAGGAACCUGGCGAAUGUGUUCAUGAUGUUGCAUGCCUUUGGUUCAUCAGGUGAAGAGUUUAGCAGGAGGCUUCCACAGCGGGAGAUGCCAGAUCCCCACACCUCUCGAGUUGGUGGAUUGAUUUCCUUUGAUGAGGACAUUGACCAUCGUCAUGGCUACGAUGAGAUGGCAGACGAUGAUGGUGGUGGCAUGUCAUCAUUUGUUUCUCAUCGUUCAGGUAGACGACGUAGGCGUAGGGACAUGGACAGAGGUAGCAGAUGACAAGCCAUUUCAUGCCAUUGUAAGCAGGGAGAUCUUGCUGGUCAACAACAAACAUCAUUCUUUUUCAGGAACAGGGGGAUUGACAAUGAUCUCAUGGGAUUGUGUAUUUUCGCAUAUGUGCAUUUGUAAAAUUGUUACAUUUAGAGAACUUGGCUCGUGGGAGAUGGCUGCAUAAGGCUAUUUCUUCUGCUCUGUAUCUGUAGUUUCCUUGUUGAUAUUGUAAACUGAAGCUCAAGUUGCUGAUCAGCUCAGCAAUUGGCUUUUGUUACUAAUCGUACAUUGGUCAUGUACACAAGUUGGCCACUGGAAAUGGCUUAAUGAAGCUUCUAAUUUUCU